GACACGGUGUUUUUUAUUGUCUAGAAAGUUGUAAAUUGUCACGUUUGUGUCUGAACUGAAGUUAAUCGGGGUUGUUGUAUGCACGUUAUUGGGGAUAUGAGCAGAACUCCGGAAGGGGAAAAUGGAGUCCCUAGAGAAAGCAAGUACAAGAUAGGUGUCAGGGAUGGAGCGGCAGUAUUAUCAUAAGGAGACGUGUACUUGGAAAACGGAGAAGGAAUGGAGGGAAAAAGAGAGAGAGAAGAGGUCUAAGAGAGUGAGGGAAGAAGAGGGUGAGUUUAGAAGAGGGUGAAUCCAGGUGAAGCUACUGUAUGUUGGAACAUUGCUGUGGGGACUUACUUCCGUUCAGCCACAAUAGCAUUAGUGAGGUAGGGCACCAAUUGUGAAGGUUAAUUGAUCAUUACGUUUCUUAUCCGGCCGAAUGGCCUACUACACAGCCUACAGACAGACCUACAGACAGGACUACAAGUGCUGUCCUGGAUGGACCCAGCUCCAUGGAGAGAUAUGAAUGAGUGUGAGGAGACCAACGGUGGCUGUGAGGCUUUGUGCUGCAACACCAUCGGCAGCUUCUGCUGCAAGUGUCCACUCGGCCAGGAGCUCAUGGAGGACGGCAAGACCUGCCAAGCUGAAGUUGGCCAUUCCUUCGCUGCUCCCAUCCAUGCACAGCAGUAGAUGAUUGAAGACAUCAAGAACAACCCUUGCAAAAUGUCCAAAAUGGCAUUAACGUGUUGAUUUAUGUCGGGCUUAUAGCAAUAUACUUUAUUCAUGUGAAUAAAUAUUUGUUUUUAACAGUU